UCACAACAUGGCACCUGCUGGCGGGGGUGUUGUCCUGGCGGCUCUGUCGCUGCUGUACUUAUGCGGAGCUAUUUUAUCCAGCGAGUAUUUCUCCACGUUGACUUUUUUCAACAGCGACCUUCACAAGCACGGCUGCAGCUCUCCGGCCGAGUGGGAGGAGUAUGCGCCGGACUGCGAGUCAUCUAUCCUGCAGUUGGAGGAUCCCGACUGUGAAGAGGGGAGCAACCCGUCCUGCGAGUCCAUCUUUUCACUCAAUGCAGAAAAAAUACUUAAUCAGGCAAAGUUGUUCGUCGAACAGCGACGGUUUCCUUUCGCUGUGGAAAACCAAAAUACCAAUGAAGAGCUUGCCAUUGGCUAUGUUCUCAUUGGAAAUGGCCUCUAUGAUGAAGCUAUCAAGCACUUCUCCUUACUGCUACAGGGAGAUCCUGAGCUGGUCAGUGCCAUCUAUGGACGGGGAAUAGCCUACGGCAAAAAGAGUCUGCAGGACAUAAAGAAUGCAGACUUGGCUCUGUAUGAGUUGAGCAGAGUGAUCGCACUGGAGCCCAGCAGACCAGAAGUAUACGAGCAGAGGGCGGAGAUUCUGUCUCCUCUGGGCCGCAUCAGUGAAGCUCUGUCAGACCUGACUAAAGCCAUACAACUGCAGCCUUCAGCCCGACUCUACAGACACAGAGGAACACUGCUCUUCAUAUCAGAGGAUUAUAUGGCAGCCAUGGAGGAUUUCCAGCAGUCUCUAGAGCUGAAGAAGAACCAGCCCAUUGCUAUGCUCUAUAAAGGGCUGACCUUCUUCCACAGGGGCCUCCUUAAGGAGGCUAUAGAGGUGUUUAAAGAAGCUCUCAAAUUGAAGUCGGACUUCAUAGAUGCAUAUAAAAGCUUGGGUCAGGCUUACAGGGAGUUGGGGGAUUUUGAGAAUGCUAUGGAGAGCUUCCAGAAAGCUCUGUUGCUGGAUCAGAACCACAUCCAGUCUCUCCAGCUCAGAGGAAUGAUGCUGUACCACCACGGCAGCCUGCAGGAGGCCAUAGGCAACUUUAAGAGAUGUCUGCAGCUGGAGCCCUAUAAUGAAGUGUGUCAGUACAUGAAGGGUCUCAGUCACGUGGCCAUGGGCCAGUUCUACGAGGGCAUUAAAGCUCAGACGAAAGUCAUGCUCAACGACCCUCUCUUGGGACAGAAAGCCAGCUCCGAGUAUCUCAAAGUCAAAUAUCUCAGAGAAUACUCCCGUUAUUUACACUCUCAUCUGGAUGUACCUGUUGCGGAGUAUAACGUUGAUCAGGAUUUGCCUGGAAACUUUAAGAACCACUGGGCCAAAAAUCUUCCCUUCCUCAUUGAGGACUAUGAAGAACAGCCUGGACUUCAGCCUCAUAUUAAAGAUGUUCUACCUCAGAACUUUGACAGUUACUCUGCUGAAGUGCAGAAGCUGAUCUGUACAGCGGAUCACCUCGGUGCACUGAUGCAGUACGACACAUUAGGCUUCUUACCAAACCUCAGAAUACACAGAGCGAUGGGUUUGGCCACCAUAGAGGUGAUGCAGGCCAUGCAGCGCACCUGGAGUAACUCGAAGGUUCGAGUCAACGGAAAGACCAGACAGCUGCAGUGGAGAGACAUGUUUGACAUCGCAGUGAAAUGGAGAAGGAUUGCAGAUCCAGACCAGCCUGUGCUGUGGUUGGAUCAGAUGCCUGCCAGGAGUCUUAGCAGAGGAUUUAACAACCACAUUAACCUCAUCAGAGGGCAGAUCAUUAAUAUCAGAUAUCUGGAGUAUUUCAGAAGUAUUCUCGGCUUCGUAAAGGAAAGAAUACUGGUUUAUCAUGGGGCGUAUAACCCACGGGGGCUUCAGGACGUAAAGCAGGCUCUGGAAAAUGUGAAUAAAGUGGAGGAUCUGCUGCCCAUCAUGAAGCAGUUCAACAGUAAAACCAGAGACGGCUUCACAGUCAAUUCUAAAGUGCCCAGUCUGAAGGAUCCUGGGAAAGAAUACGACGGAUUCACCAUCACCAUCACCGGAGAUCGAGUGGGGAACAUGCUGUUUUCAGUAGAGACUCAGACCACAGAUGAGAGGACGCAGCAGUAUCAGUCAGAAAUUGAAGCACUCUAUAAAGAUCUCACUGCCAAAGGCAAAACCCUGAUGCUCUCCACUGAACUCGGGGUAAGAUUAACAUCUGUUUGUCUGUCUGUAUCUGUUCUUCUUGUUGUGGCGUAUUCUGUGGUCAUGGGAGCUCUGAUGGCCAGUGGGAAAGAGGUGCUCGGCCGAAUCCCAUCUGGAAAGCUGUUUGACUUUGAGGCCAUGACUACAGCCAGUCCUGAUCGCUUCAGUAAGACCGUCAAGAGUUGGAUGAACUUAAAGAGUUUGCCGAGUUGGUACCAGAACCUUCCACUGGUUUCAGAGACGUUCCAGUUAACGAGGACCAUGAUUGAAGUUCUCAACACAGACUCGUCUUCGCACUGUCCCAAGAAAUCCUGAACUUGAAAUA